AUGGCGAGCUGGUCCUUAUCAUUCUUCCCUUUGCCAAUCUCCAUGUGGCGCCGGAAGUCCACAGCUGGUGUGUCCAUCGAUUAUAAUUUCAUCAACCUCUUCGGCUUCACCUGCUACAGUAUAUAUACUGCCACUUUUCUCUAUUCUCCAGUCAUUCGAUCACAGUAUGCGGCUAGGCACCCCGCUGCAGCCGAGCCGACUGUUCAGGUUAACGAUCUGGCUUUCGCUGUGCUGGGCAUGGUCAUGUGCUUCGUCGCAUACUUGAUGUUUUGGCCUCAGCUCUCGGGACUGCACACCCCCCGCCGCCAACGUGUGAGCUGGGUGAUGAGGGGCAUCUUUAGUGGUUGUAUAUUGGCACCAUUGAUAGGCACUUGCAUCGUGUUGGUUCAAAGUCCAGAUGGCGGGAAUGCCCCUUCCUCUUGGGCCUGGAUUGAUGUUAUUUAUACCCUGUCGUAUGACAAACUAAUCGUCACGACGGUCAAAUACAUCCCCCAGGCUUGGUUGAAUUACAAAAGACAGUCCACAGUGGGAUGGAACAUUUGGAUCAUUUUUCUGGACAUCACUGGCGGUGUCCUCUCUUUGCUGCAGCUCGUCCUGGACUCGAGUCUACAGAGUGACUGGAGCGGCAUCACCGGAAACUCGGCGAAAUUACUUCUCAGCAACAUCAGCAUCUUCUUCGACGUUAUUUUCAUUGUCCAGCACUACAUCUUGUACCGGGAUGGUGGCAAGUCCGAGUCCGUUUCUGAUUUCACCACGCCCCUUCUUCGAGAACCCGAUGCUACGGUGUAG